CCAGGUGCCCAGAGCGGGGGAGGGAAUUAGGCAACAAUAAGCAGCCGGCCAAGCCACUGCAUCCGAGCAGCACCUAGGGCAGGCGGACGGUCCCAAGUGAAGAGCAGCAGCAGCGGUACUAUGGAGCAGGAGAAAUAUCUGCCCGAGCUGAUGGCAGAGAAGGACAGCCUGGACCCGUCCUUUGUUCAUGCAAUGCGCCUCCUGGCUGAAGAAAUUGAAAAAUUUCAGGGUUCUGAUGGGAAAAAGGAAGAUGAAGAAAAGAAAUACCUUGAUGUCAUCAGCAACAAAAACAUAAAGCUGUCAGAAAGAGUACUGAUCCCUGUCAAACAGUAUCCCAAGUUCAAUUUUGUUGGGAAAUUGCUUGGACCAAGAGGAAACUCCUUGAAGAGGUUACAAGAGGAGACAGGUGCAAAAAUGUCGAUCCUGGGCAAAGGUUCCAUGAGGGAUAAAGCUAAGGAAGAAGAACUAAGGAAAAGUGGGGAAGCCAAAUAUUCACACUUGAGCGACGAGCUUCAUGUUCUAAUUGAAGUGUUUGCUCCACCUGGGGAAGCUUAUUCACGUAUGAGUCAUGCCUUGGAAGAGAUUAAAAAAUUCCUUGUUCCAGACUACAAUGACGAAAUCCGUCAGGAGCAGUUGAGAGAAUUGUCGUACUUGAAUGGUUCUGAAGAUUCAGCACGUGGACGGGGCAUUCGUGGAAGAGGAAUCCGGGUACCACCUGCAGCUCCAUCAAGAGGACGUGGGGGUGCGCUUCCUCCUCCCCCACCUGGGCGAGGUGCCCAAACACCUAGAGGGACACCAGUGACACGUGGAGCACUCCCAGUUCCUCCUGUAGCUAGGGGUGUUCCAACCCCUCGAGCAAGGGGAACUCCAGCAGUCCCAGGCUACAGACCACCCCCUCCUCCAGCACAUGAGGCCUAUGAAGAAUAUGGAUAUGAUGAUGGAUAUGGGGGUGAAUAUGAUGACCCAAGCUACGAAGCAUAUGAUAACAGUUAUGCCACCCAAACACAGAGUGUGCCUGAAUAUUAUGAUUAUGGUCAUGGAACAAGUGAAGAUGCUUAUGACAGCUACGCACAAGAAGAAUGGGCCACAACCCGUUCCAGCCUAAAGGCACCACCUCCAAGGUCAGCCCGAGGGGGUUACAGGGAACACCCCUAUGGUAGAUAUUGAAGGUCCUCCUCAUCUGUGACCUCAACUCAAAGACAAUUAAUAGCCUGUGGUCUCCACAUAAACAGCAACAAGACAAGUAAUAGUCCAUUUCUUUUCUAUCCUAGGGAUUACUGCUCAUGAUUACCCUGUGUACUACUUGUAUUUCCUAUAACAUUGGAGUGACAUUGACAUUAGUAUUAUUUUAUAAC